GCUCCGCGCGCACUGCCCCGACCAGCAGCUCAGCGUGCACGCGAGCGGACAGAUCGCUCUCCUCUUCUCGCCUUAUACAAAACAGGCUUCUUUUUCUUUUUCUUUUUCAACACAGCCAAGACGCCGCGUCGUGCCUGCGGAAGGGAUUUAACAACAACAACAAAAAAAAACACCAAAAACGAACUGGCGAUAUUUCUCUCUCUCUCUCUCUUUUUUAUUCCACAGAAGCCAUAUUUUUUCCCCUCCGUCGCGCGCUCACAUUUUUUGGGUAUAAAAAAAACAGUCUCGCGAAAGAGAACGCGACGUGACCGUUGAAACUUUUCCCCCCCUCCUCUGCAGCAGCAGCUAGCUAAUCUCCACAGGUUCCUUGUGGAAGCCGAGUGAGGCUAACAUACACACACACACACGGAGAGUCGGGAGGAGGAGAAGAAAAAACGCCUUGAGUGUCGACUUGUUGCGCUCGGAAGUCGAGUUUGGAUUGUAGGAAGCGAAUUUAAAGCGCUUUCGAAGUUUUUUUGUGCGGGUUUUUGUGGCGCUUUUGUUCUCGAAAGCAGAACGAGGCUUCGCUCACUGACUCACUCGACUCCCUCAUUCGACUCCUCCAUCACCGCCAAGAAGUUUUACUCGACUCUUAACAACACUUCUAAAUGUUUUUUUAAAGUGUUUCCAAGGAGCCGGAUUUCACAACGUAGUCAUGGACAAGCUGGAUUUCGCUCUUGAGGAUUACUACUGAAAUACUGUUGUUUAUUUUCAUGUUUGUUUCUUUAAAAGAAGAAGAAAAACAAACUUUUUCACCCUCGAUGCGUCGCGAGAACUGAGCUAACACUUUGUUGUUUUUAAAAUCCAGUCCACGAAACCGCACUACUUUCUUUCUUGCUUUUAUUUUUUUGGGGAUUUUACCGCAAACAUCCAGAGCCGACAUGCCGCAGCUGAACGGAGGCGGAGGAGACGAGCUCGGGGCGAACGACGAAAUGAUCUCGUUUAAGGACGAGGGCGAGCAGGAGGAGAAAACGGCCGAGAGCGUGUCCGCAGACCGGGACCUGGACGACGUCAAGUCGUCGCUGGUGAACGAGUCGGAGAACAACAGCAGCUCGUCGGAUUCGGAGCCGACAGAGAGACGCCCUCAACCUCGUUCCGACGCUGAAAGUUAUGAAAAAGCCCGAGAAUGUUUUACUGAAGCGCUGAGGAGACAACAAGAUGGAGGAGGACUGUUUAAGAGCCCGCACUACCCGGGUUACCCGUUAAUCAUGUUCCCAGAUCUGGCCAGCCCGUAUUUACCCAACGGGGCUCUGUCUCCUACAGCCAGGACUUAUCUGCAGAUGAAAUGGCCGCUGUUGGACGUGCCGACCUCAGCAGCGCUCAAGGACUCCAGAUCACCUACACCGGGACAUUUGUCUAAUAAGGUUCCUGUAGUGCAGCACGCUCACAUGCACCCGCUGACCCCCCUCAUCACCUACAGUAAUGAUCACUUUCCUCCAGCGACGCCGCCUGCGCACCUCUCCCCAGAGAUCCUGGACCCUAAGACAGGUAUCCCGCGGACCCCCCACCCCUCUGAGCUGUCUCCAUAUUACCCCCUGUCUCCAGGGGCUGUGGGGCAGAUCCCUCACCCUCUGGGUUGGCUCGUCCCACAACAAGCACAGCCCAUGUACUCCAUUCCUCCAGGAGGUUUCCGGCACCCGUACCCAGCACUCGCCAUGAACGCCUCCAUGUCCAGUCUGGUGUCGAGUCGUUUUCCGCCUCACGUUAUGCCUCAUCAUCCUCAUGGUCUUCAUCAGACGGGAAUCCCACACCCUGCUAUAGUCUCUCCUGCCAUCAAACAGGAACCCAACGGAGAGCUGAGCCCUGCCGCGCACACGAAGUCUCCAGGGCCGGCUAAGAAGGAGGAAGAGAAGAAGCCCCACAUUAAGAAGCCCCUGAACGCCUUCAUGCUGUAUAUGAAGGAGAUGAGGGCUAAAGUGGUGGCCGAGUGCACGCUCAAAGAGAGCGCCGCUAUCAAUCAGAUACUAGGCAGGAGGUGGCACUCUCUGUCUCGGGAAGAGCAAGCCAAAUAUUACGAGCUGGCCAGGAAAGAGCGGCAGCUUCACUCUCAGCUCUACCCCGGCUGGUCCGCACGAGAUAACUACGGCAAGCGGAAGAAGAGGAAGAGAGAGAACAAGGUCGACUCGGCAGCAGAAGAUUACUCGGCGCGGACCAAGAAGCCUUGCGUGCAGUACCUCCCCCAGGAGAAGAUGAUCGACAGCCCGGCGUCCUCUCACGGCAGCAUGCUGGACUCCCCGGCCACGCCCUCCGCCGCCCUGGCGUCGCCCGCCGCGCCCGCCCCCACUCACUCCGAGCAGGCCCAGCCGCUGUCGCUCACCACCAAGCCCGAGCGCCAUCACCCUCACUUCUCUCUGAUCUCCAAACCUUCCUCAUCAUCCUCCUCAUCCUCCUCUUCUGCUUCCACUUCAUCCUCAUCCUCCUCUUCCUCCUCUCACCCCAGCAUCUCUCUCGCCGUCAGCACCUCAGGCAGUCAGUCGACCCCGCCUCUCCUCUCUCGGCCAAUCCCCUUCACCUCCCUGCACCACUCCCUCUUCUCCCCGCCCUCGCCGUUCCAUCAGGCCGCCCUGCACUCCCAUCACGCCCUGUUCCAGACGCAGCCGCUCUCCUUGGUAACCAAAUCAGCUGACUGAUUACUACGGAAACAGCUCUCUCUCUCUCUCUCUCUCUCUCUCUCGGCCCCCCUCUCCAUCUCUCUCUCACUCUCUCUCACACUCUCUCUCUCUCUCUCUCUCUCUCUCUCUCUCUCUCGGCCCCCCUCUCUCUCUCUCUCUCUCUCUCUCUCUCUCUCUCUCUCUCAAUCUCUCCACUUUAAACAUGCUGUAAAUUGCUUACCCCCCCCCCCCCCCCCCCCCCUCCCAACCACCACAUAGACGUCAGGUUAACUUUUUUGAUAAGCGAAAAGUCAAUGAAUAUUAUUGGUCAAUAUUUGAUCACCUGCUUUUCUGUGUCUCUCUCUAUGAAAGUGUAUUUUUUUGUAAAGUCUACUUUGGAACUGGUUUCUUAUUUGAUACAGUUAUCCAGCAAAACCUCCUUGUAUAAAGUUAUUACUUGUAUUAAAAAAUAAAAGCAACCAAAAAAAAACAAAAAAAAACCCCACUUCUUUAAUAAGACAAGAAGGAACAAAAAAAAAAAAACUCUAAAUAAAUCUUAAAAGCGUACAUGUAAUUAAUGGUAGUUUUGAAGUUUUAAUUCCUAGUACAGGCCGUUUAUUAGAAGGCUUUUGAGACUACCCCUGCAGUUUUGAAGUGUGUGAACUUGAUAAAUAAAACUUGUAAAUUGUUUCUAGAA